UGCGGGAGGCUGCGGCGACCGAGAGGAGCGACGUGGGUGGGGGGGAGAGGGGGUUGAGGCGAAGGAGAGGAGCCGCCGAGGAAGAAGAAGAAGAAAGAGGAGGAGGGGGAAGAAGGCGAGCGGCGGCCGGGUCCGCUGCUAUUGUUCCGCACCUGCCGCCGUCCGGGACACGUGGCGCCGCUGAUCCCCGCUUCUCACCCCCAGCCGCCUGACCCGCACACAAGUCGCCUGGCACGAUGGGCAAGGGGGCUGGAAGAGACAAGUAUGAGCCCACUGCUACAUCAGAGCAUGGCGCGAAGAAGAAAAAGGGGAAGAAGGAGAGGGACAUGGAUGAGCUUAAAAAGGAAGUCGUAAUGGAUGACCACAAGCUGACCCUUGAUGAACUUCAUCGUAAAUAUGGAACAGACUUAAGUCGGGGUUUGACUUCUGCACGUGCAGCUGAGAUUUUGGCUCGUGAUGGCCCAAAUUCCCUCACACCCCCACCUACCACUCCUGAAUGGGUCAAGUUCUGUCGGCAGCUCUUUGGAGGAUUCUCACUCCUGCUGUGGAUUGGUGCUAUUCUCUGUUUUCUGGCUUAUGGCAUACAAAGUGUAAUGGAGGAGGAGCCCAACAAUGAUAAUCUCUACCUGGGUGUUGUGUUGGCAGCUGUGGUCAUCAUUACUGGCUGUUUCUCAUAUUACCAAGAAGCAAAAAGUUCAAAGAUCAUGGAGUCCUUCAAGAACAUGGUGCCUCAGCAAGCUCUUGUAGUCAGAAAUGGUGAGAAGCUCAGCAUAAAUGCUGAAGGUGUUGUAGUUGGAGAUCUAGUGGAAGUGAAAGGAGGAGACAGAAUUCCAGCUGACCUUCGGAUCAUAUCUGCGCAUGGUUGCAAGGUGGAUAACUCCUCACUUACUGGUGAAUCAGAGCCUCAGACCAGGUCUCCAGACUUCUCCAAUGAGAACCCGCUUGAGACCAGGAACAUUGCCUUCUUUUCCACCAACUGUGUGGAAGGCACUGCACGUGGCAUUGUCAUUAGCACUGGGGAUCGCACUGUGAUGGGUCGUAUUGCCAGUCUGGCUUCAGGACUGGAAGGGGGGAAAACUCCAAUUGCCACAGAAAUCGAGCACUUUAUCCAUCUCAUCACUGGUGUGGCUGUGUUCCUGGGUGUCUCCUUCUUCGUCCUUUCACUUAUCCUUGAGUACACGUGGCUGGAGGCUGUAAUCUUCCUCAUCGGGAUCAUUGUUGCCAAUGUCCCUGAGGGGCUGCUUGCAACUGUCACGGUAUGUCUGACACUAACAGCCAAGCGUAUGGCUCGUAAGAACUGCUUGGUGAAGAACCUGGAAGCUGUGGAAACCCUGGGCUCCACAUCCACCAUCUGUUCUGACAAAACAGGCACCCUGACACAGAAUCGCAUGACAGUUGCGCACAUGUGGUUUGACAAUCAGAUUCAUGAGGCUGAUACUACAGAGAAUCAGAGUGGUGCUUCUUUUGACAAGAGCUCAGCUACUUGGACUGCUUUGUCCAGAGUUGCAGGUCUUUGCAACCGCGCUGUGUUUCAGGCCAACCAGGAAAAUGUACCAAUUCUUAAGAGAGCAGUGGCAGGAGAUGCCUCAGAGUCUGCACUUCUGAAAUGCAUUGAAUUGUGCUGUGGUUCUGUCAAGGAGAUGAGGCAAAGGUAUCCCAAAGUGGUGGAAAUACCAUUUAACUCCACUAACAAGUACCAGCUGUCUAUCCACAAAAAUCCAAAUCCAUCAGAAUCUCGUCACUUGCUGGUUAUGAAGGGAGCUCCGGAGAGGAUCUUGGAUCGCUGCAGCACCAUUCUUAUUCAUGGCAAGGAGCAACCACUGGAUGAGGAAAUGAAAGAUUCUUUUCAGAAUGCCUACCUUGAGUUGGGAGGCCUCGGGGAGAGAGUGUUAGGAUUUUGCCACUUGGCUAUGCCUGAUGACCAGUUCCCAGAAGGCUUCCAGUUUGAUACAGAUGAAGUGAACUUUCCUGUAGACAAACUCUGCUUUGUAGGACUGAUGUCUAUGAUUGACCCUCCUCGUGCUGCUGUGCCUGAUGCUGUUGGCAAAUGCAGAAGUGCUGGGAUCAAGGUUAUCAUGGUUACUGGAGACCACCCCAUCACAGCCAAAGCCAUUGCCAAGGGUGUUGGUAUUAUCUCUGAGGGCAAUGAAACAGUAGAAGAUAUUGCUGCUCGACUCAACAUUCCUGUCAGCCAGGUCAACCCCAGGGAUGCCAAAGCUUGUGUUGUUCAUGGCUCAGAUUUGAAGGAUAUGACUAGUGAGCAACUGGAUGACAUCUUGAUUCAUCAUACAGAAAUUGUCUUUGCCAGGACAUCUCCUCAGCAGAAGCUUAUAAUUGUGGAAGGCUGUCAGCGACAGGGUGCCAUUGUAGCAGUCACAGGUGAUGGUGUGAAUGAUUCCCCAGCCCUGAAGAAGGCUGACAUUGGUGUUGCUAUGGGUAUUGCGGGUUCAGAUGUCUCUAAGCAGGCAGCUGACAUGAUUCUGCUGGAUGAUAACUUUGCCUCCAUUGUCACUGGAGUUGAAGAAGGGCGUCUGAUCUUUGAUAACCUGAAGAAGUCUAUUGCAUACACCUUGACCAGUAACAUUCCUGAAAUCACACCCUUCCUGAUCUUCAUCAUUGCAAACAUACCCCUUCCACUGGGAACAGUCACCAUCCUCUGCAUUGACUUGGGCACUGACAUGGUCCCUGCUAUCUCCCUGGCAUAUGAACAAGCAGAGAGUGACAUCAUGAAGAGGCAGCCCAGAAAUCCCAGAACAGACAAGCUGGUGAAUGAACGGCUAAUCAGCAUGGCCUAUGGGCAGAUUGGUAUGAUCCAAGCCCUGGGAGGUUUCUUCACCUAUUUUGUCAUCAUGGCAGAGAAUGGGUUCUGGCCUACUGGCUUGCUAGGGAUCAGAGUUCAGUGGGAUGACCGAUGGAUUAAUGAUGUGGAAGACAGCUAUGGGCAGCAGUGGACCUACGAACAGAGGAAAGUAGUGGAGUUCACUUGCCAUACAGCCUUCUUUGUCAGCAUUGUGGUUGUGCAGUGGGCAGACUUGAUCAUUUGUAAGACCCGAAGAAACUCUGUCUUCCAGCAGGGAAUGAAGAACAAGAUCCUAAUAUUUGGUCUCUUUGAGGAGACUGCUCUGGCUGCCUUCCUUUCCUACUGCCCUGGAAUGGAUGUUGCUCUAAGGAUGUAUCCUCUCAAGCCGGCCUGGUGGUUCUGCGCUUUCCCGUACUCCCUUCUCAUAUUCCUGUAUGAUGAAGUCAGGAAGCUCAUUAUCAGACGCCACCCUGGUGGUUGGGUGGAGAGAGAGACCUACUACUAAAAAGUGCCUGUGAAGCAUUCCACGCACAGCCCAUGCCACCUCUCCAGCAUCUCCCCUGUGUGCAUACUUCAUCUUUGCAAGUGCAGAACUGUGUCUGGGCAGGAGUGAGCUGAAACUAAAGGAAACAUGAAGAAACAUGGACUGGAGAAGAAAGCAAGGGGGAGGUUGGGGUGGGGGGACAUGUCUGACCAUCAGUCCAUGGUGAUGAGAGUUUGAGUAGUUUUAUGUGCCUUUUUGUUUUUGUAAAAGGAAACAAGAUUUUAUAUGUUGAUUUUUACAAAUAAAGAUGGAUUAUAAGAGGAUGCCCCCA